UAUAGUUGCAAACGAUGAACUACAUGUAAACGUAGUGUUUACAAUUCUAAAAAUAGAUUUGGAACUAGUCUGGAAGACGCAGGGCCUUGACGGGAUCGUUUUUGUGAUCCGGGUCUUCCCACGUUGCCUGGUCAUAUAAAUCAAGGAUAUUUGGUCCUGCACAGUACAGAAGUAUUGCGACACGCACCUUAGCGUCCUUUUUGACAGAUCCGGUUGCCGUCAUGUAGACUUCGAAUUCCCGCAUUCGGUUACAUGCCAAUUGUCCUCCAUGUUCGAACUUCUACCUGUGAAUAGUCCGAGCGUGUCGACGUCCCUACUGGUCGGUCUGGUCGCCCUGUGUGUGUACCAGCUCGUGUUAUGGUACAGACGGUACAGGAAAUGGCUGGCGGUCUACGACAAGUUACCAAGUGACAGAGACACCCACUGGUUCUUUGGUCACAUGCACAAACACCCAGGUCCGGGCGAGGACGGUAUUCAGUUCCAGUUCAGCUACACACGCCCUUUCCCACGUCUGCACGCGCUCUGGUUCGGUCGUCUGCGCUGUAUACUGAUAGUGCAUCAUCCGGAUACUGUGAAGAUUAUCCUGCGUGCUUCCGCGCAUGUAGCCAAGAAACCCCGCGGCCCUGGUACGGCGUACAUGCUGGGGAUAAAAUGGCUGGGCGAGGGCCUCCUGAUUGCCAAUGGGGACAAAUGGGCGCGAAACCGACGUCUGCUAACUCCCGCCUUCCACUUUGACAUGCUCAAGUCCUAUCUCAGCAAGCAGAAUGCGUGUACGGAUGUACUGAUGAGCAAGAUGGAAUGUUUCGCUACAUCCGGUCAGUCAUUCGAGGUGUUCAGACAUCUGGGCCUAUGUUCCCUAGACAUCAUCUCGAGAUGCGCUUUUUCCCGGGAGACCAACUGCCAGACAGAAGGGGAGAAUAAUCCGUAUGUACACGCAGUAGGCAGGCUCACUGAUCUUUGGAUCAAAAGGUCCAUUAACGUUUUGCAAGCAUUUGACUUCAUCUACUUUAACUUCACGCGAGACGGCAGGGAUUUCACGAGACAAUGCGACCUCGUGCACGAUGUUUCGGAAGCUAUGAUAAAGAAACGCCUUGAGACAAUGAAGCAGCGUACAGACGGACAGACAAGCGAGGGCCUGGACUUCCUAGACAUCAUAUUGCAGGCUCGGGACGAAGAUGGGCGUGGUCUCACAUUCAACGAGGUCAGGGACGAGGUGGACACUUUCCUGUUUGAAGGUCACGACACGACCACAUCGGCGCUCAGUUUUAUUCUAUACGCACUUGCGAAUCAUCCGGAAAUACAGGAGAAAUGUCGUCAGGAAAUCGACUCCAUUUUCCAGGACAGGGACAAUGACGUCAUACAAUAUCAAGACCUGUCAAAGAUGGAGUACCUCACCCAGUGUAUCAAAGAGGGGCUCCGUCUGUUCUGCCCUGUGUUCUUCAUACAAAGACAAAUGACUGAGGCCGUUACAUUAGAGGGAUACCACAUUCCCGAAGGUACCCAUGUAGCCCUGGAUAUCUACAACUUGCAUCACAACGCCACGGUCUGGGGUGAGGACUAUGACGAAUACAAACCAGAGAGAUUCGAACCGGAGACUGCGCGACAGAUGGACCCGUAUGCCUUCCUGCCAUUCAGUGCCGGGCAAAGGAACUGCAUCGGACAAAUCUUUGCCAUGAACGAACUAAAAAUUGUGCUAUCCCGACUUAUAAACAGGUACACAUUCAAAGUUAAGGAAGGGCAGACCAUUAGAAAGAAGCUUGCAGUAGUCAUGAGAACGGAAAAUGGAAUAUGGCUGGAUGUUAAGAAACGAGUGAAAGAAUGAUUUGGUGUUAAUUAAUCUUAUCGACUUUGUGGACACAUUAUUUUAGUGUUAAACAUGAAGUAUGUUUAGUCAACAUUAUUAGUAUUAUAUUUAUAAAUUUACUGUUCUGGAAAA